AUGCAAGCCAGCCGCCACAGCUCCUACAAAGAGGCCAGGAAAUCUCCAUCUGAUGACAGAGACUUUGGCCUCGAUGCUCCAAUAAAACCAAGAUGCAAAGUAUUCAGGGAACACGCGCAGUACACGCGUUACUUGAGUGUACACGGAAAGACGGAAAUUUCCAACUUGUUGACCGGUUCCCAGCUGGCCAGUGCAUCUACAAGCUCUAACAUUGUCUCUAAUGCCACAGCAGUCACCACGCUGGUGUUCAGCUAUAGCGGAGACAUAAAUGGUUUUUCCAGCUACGUAUCCACACUGAGACUCAGUGUAUUACAGAAUCCAAGUUUGUUGUCACCAAAAGUGAAGGAGAGCUUGUUACUGAGCAUUGCACAAAUUGUGUUCCAACAAUUCACUGCCUUAUCGGAUACACAAUUCCAGUCCUGGAUAACAGGAAUUGACUUCCUCCUUCCCAGCAUCAAUUCUACCAUCUUGGAUUACAUACCAAAGGACAUUUCAUGCUCACGGUAUCAGAUAAUUGUCCUCGCCUUGAAUAAUAUUUUCCAGAGUCUCUCAGUCCAGAAGCAAACUGCUGUAGCAGCAUUUGAGAACGCAUUCUUAACUUACCAAUACAACUCAGACGGUGACGCGUGUACAGCUGGCAUUUCCAAUACACCUCAAUAUGCACAGAAGAACUUUGGAGAAUUUUGUUAUAACGUCUCCGCUGACGCUGUCGCAAUGUAUUACCCAUCUUUAAAUAAAGUAAGUUUUACAGCAUUUUGCAAACUGCAAUAAGGCCAGACUUGGACACAGAUGAAAGUAACUGGAAGAUUGUGUAUCAUCCCUCUUCUAACUCCAUAUGUCCUUCCCAUCAAUACUGUAAGGGUCUUCUGUGAUGUACUGGAAUUCAUGCCUAUAUUCCUGGAUUUUCUAUUGCUUUGUUGGGAAUUAAACAGUGCCAGUUUGGGGUUACCGAUUCUGUAGCUUUAAAAAUAAGUUUUAAACAGGAGAUUUUGCCUUUACUAGUUGUAGAACGCACCUCUCGGAGAGAUUUAAUGAAACCUGAUUGCAACUACUAAAUAUACUGUCACCGAUCCAACUUUAUAGCAGAGUCAUCUUACCUCCCGGAUGUUGGCUAAAACUUUAUGCUUGACAACAUCUCUCGAACUUUUAGUGCAUAGCAGAUAGCAUUAAAAGCAGCCAACGUAUGAUCUUGAGUAAACAACUAUAGGUGUCAACUUUAUAUAAUGCUGCAAGUAUGCAGAACACAGCUGCAGAUUAAUUUAUGAAAGGAAAUAAACACAACUGUAUAUUUUAACAUCCCCAUUUAUAAAUUGGUUGAAUGUUCCUGGCACUUUGGUAUUUAUUUCAUCAGCCCUAUAAAACACAACAAAUUGAAAGCUAACAUACAGAUGGAGCCCUGCUCAUCUAUCGCUUUAAUAGGAUUAAUUGAGCCAGGGCAGUCAGACUUAAUCCCUUGCUGUAAUGACUUAAUCCCCUGCUGUAUUGCUCUCUCUGUAUUGUAUUGCAGCUGAGAAUAAUAGAUGAAAAUCUUAUGCUAAUAAGCCUUGGUGCACCUAGGCGCAGCAGAGAAGGCUAGAUGAGUGAGGCUCCAUCUGUAAUGUAUUAUACGUCUCUCAUGCAGAGUCAGAUCAUCUAUUAGGCAACCUAGGCUCCAGCCUAGAGCCCAGUACACGCUGAGUUCCCUUGGUGACUGUAACUCAUUUUUAUUUGUCUUUGUGUGACAAAUGGCAUGGGGAGGAGGGGAGUCCAAACAUGUAUCUAGCCUAGCACCCCUUGGGGUCUUCUUCAGACCCUGCUCUCUCCCACAUCCCUCCAUUUUACUUGACGCUUCUGACCAACCAAAACGAGUUCAUUUAGACUAGAAUUAUUUACACAGGAUUAAAACUGGCUUCUCUCCAAUAAUGACUAACUCAAUUUCCCAGCUCAACUAUCUAGUUCCAGUGAUGUUUAAUUAGAAGAUGACGCAAUCCCAGUAUAAAUAAUUUUCUCUUGGGUUCAACAUGAAGAACUGUUGCUUUGGAGUAUAUUGUUACAUUAAAUUCCCCAGCUCGCAGCUAAUGAGUUGACAUUGUAUUAGGGUUUUACAUAUUUAAGAAACAAAAGCAGUCAGACUGUUCAGGGAUUGUGGGAUUCGUAUAAGUAAUGUAAAUUUAAUUGUGUGUAAAAUUUUUGUUGUUGAGGCAAUGGCACUUUGAUCUCAUUCCAAAGGAAAUCCAUAGCUAUUGGUUGUAUAGGGGCACUGUUAAUAAAAGUUUUUGGACCAAUCUGCUCCACCCUGCUGUUUCUCUGUUGUUUAGUUUGAUCAGUAGCAAUUGCAGUCUCCUGUUAGAGUACAACUUUUCCUGCCACUCCUUUUCUUCCUCCAGCUGAAUGUAACUCUCUGCUGUCACUCCUUACUUCCCAAUAAAGAUGGAGGUUAUAUGCAUGUGCUUCAUGCAUAUAUACUGUCGUGCUGUCUCUCAUGUAACAUCUAUUACUACGGCUGGCCAAAGGGUUAUAAGUGGUCACUUUAGUUUUGGCCCAACUCCACUAAUGUUUUCUAUUUUCUCAAUGUAAAUAAAUUAACCAGUGCAAUUAAGGGUAACUGGAAACUUGGAGUUAAACUUUAAUAUAUUGCCCAAAUACUGUUUUGUUAAGUAAUUAAUAGCCAUAAGCUGUAAUAAUGUAUGUACAACAAUAUGGGGGGAAAUGUAGUGUUGCAUCACUAUAUAUUAUCAUUUGUGUAAUUGUGAAGAUGAACCAAUUACUGUACAGCAUUAAUUGUAUACCCAUCCAGCAUUUCCUUUCACC